AUGCAACAAAUUAUGGUAGUAAGGCAAUAUAAUGAAGAACUUAAUUACCUGGAAAAAAUUAGCCCUUACAGUUGGCGAAUCAAAAUUGGCUUUCAACCAAACAUGAAAGUGGAAGGAGUUUUUUACGUGAAUAAUCACUUAGAAAAAUUAAUGUUAGAUGAACUGAAAAAUGCUUGUCGACCUGGAAUGGUGGGUGGAUUUUUGCCUGGUGUCAAACAAAUAGCAAAUGUUGCGGCAUUACCAGGCAUUGUUGGGAAAUCAGUGGGACUACCUGAUGUUCACUCCGGGUAUGGUUUUGCCAUAGGUAAUAUGGCAGCAUUUGACAUGUCAGAUCCAAAAUCGGUGGUCUCUCCUGGAGGAGUAGGUUUUGAUAUUAAUUGCGGUGUAAGACUGUUAAGAACCAACCUCAUGGAAAAAGAUAUACUUCCUGUUAAAGAACAACUAACGCAAAGUCUUUUCGAUCAUAUACCAGUUGGAGUAGGAUCAAAAGGUAUCAUUCCAAUGAAUGCGAGAGAUUUAGAAGAGGCUCUUGAAAUGGGAAUGGAUUGGUCUCUCAGAGAAGGCUACGUUUGGGCAGAAGACAAAGAACAUUGUGAAGAAUAUGGUAGAAUGUUAAAUGCAGAUCCUUCUAAAGUUAGCAUGAGGGCCAAAAAAAGAGGAUUACCUCAGUUAGGAACUUUAGGAGCUGGAAAUCAUUAUGCUGAAAUUCAAGUGGUUGAUGAAAUUUAUGAUAAAUGGGCUGCAAGCAAAAUGGGUAUCGAAUCAAAAGGGCAAAUUUGUGUUAUGAUUCAUUCUGGUAGUAGGGGUUUUGGACACCAGGUAGCAACCGAUGCCCUGGUUCAAAUGGAAAAAGCAAUGAAAAGGGACAAUAUUGAAACCAAUGAUAGGCAGUUGGCUUGUGCUAGAAUUAAUUCUCCCGAAGGGCAGGAUUAUUUAAAAAGCAUGGCAGCAGCCGCUAACUUUGCAUGGGUCAAUAGAAGCUCAAUGACAUUUUUAUGUAGACAGGCCUUUGCCAAGCAAUUUAAUUCAUGUCCAGAUGAUUUAGAUAUGCAUGUUAUAUAUGAUGUAUCUCAUAAUAUUGCCAAAAUUGAAGAGCACAUAGUGGAUGGAAAACAAAAAACUUUGUUGGUGCACAGAAAGGGUUCAACUAGAGCUUUCCCUCCACAUCACCCUUUAAUUCCAGUUGAUUACCAAUUGACUGGUCAACCUGUGUUAAUCGGUGGCACAAUGGGAACAUGUAGUUAUGUUUUAACAGGCACACAACAGGGAAUGCUAGAGACUUUUGGUUCGACUUGUCAUGGAGCUGGGAGAGCUCUGUCGAGAGCAAAAUCAAGAAGAAACUUAGACUAUCAACAAGUUUUAAAUAAAUUAUCAGACAUGGGAAUAUCCAUUCGAGUUGCUUCACCCAAACUAGUCAUGGAAGAAGCUCCAGAAUCAUACAAAAAUGUAACAGAUGUUGUAAAUACCUGUCACGAUGCUGGAAUCAGUAAAAAAUGCAUAAAACUUCGUCCAAUAGCUGUUAUCAAGGGUUAG